UUAUUUUUAGUGUGAGUGCAGAGCCGCGAUGUGCCAGUGUUGCUGAGACACGGGAGGUGCAGGAGCCGGAGCUGUUUUUUUCAGCACUCACACAUCCCUCCACUCUCACUCAACGUGUAGAUCGGGUGCUCAAUAUCUGAAGCAAUAUCUUUGCAAGAUCUGAAUGUAACAACUGAACUUGAAGGCAGAAAAAAACACCAGAGACCAUCAUGGACUUUGUUAUGAAGCAAGCUUUAGGAGGGGCGACCAAAGACAUGGGGAAAAUGUUGGGUGGGGAUGAAGAGAAAGAUCCUGAUGCCGAUAAAAAGGAGGAAGAAAGACUAGAAGCUAUUCGACAGGAAGAAGAAGAGCGUGCAGGAAAAUAUGCCAAAAUUGAGGCUGAGAGGGAAAUAAUGCGACAAGGAAUACGUGACAAGUAUGGAAUAAAAAAGAGAGAAGAGCAGGAAGCUGAAGCCCAGGCUGCAAUGGAAGCACAAGCAGAAGGAAGUCUGACACGUCCCAAGAAAGCUAUACCAGCUGGAUGUGGAGAUGAAGAGGAGGAAGAGGAGAGCAUUCUGGACACUGUCUUAAAAUAUCUUCCAGGUCCUCUUCAGGACAUGUUCAAAAAGUAACACACAGUCUUCGUCCUGUGAGAUAACUUUUUGUUUUGUUGCUAAAUGUAACCAAUUCUCAUUAUAAAAUGGGAAUUUAUUAUCUUCAUUCCAGCUAAUUCUGAUUUAACAACCCAUCUCUUCCUGUAUAGUGGCAUGAAAUCCUCAUUGCAACAGAACAGCCAGGAGAAUUUUGUGUAGCAGUCUAGAAAUAAUCUAAUCUGAUAAGCCAUGUUUAUAGUUAAAUAAAAUCUAGAUUAUUUAAUAGCGAAAAGAAAAAACUUGUACCUUUUUAUCAAUAUGUGACCAGUUCUGCCCUGCAGAGCUUUUCAGACUUCUUGUUACAUCGAUAUAAAUACCUGUUAUUCAUCAUACUUACUAGUUAAAUGAUAAUGCAUAUUACUGCAUCAGGUCACAGCACUGGGUCAUGUCUACAAAGUAGUGCUAAUUUAUGGAGCACUGGAAGUGAAUUCAGUCGUUAAUUACUCUGUUAAAAUCAAUGUAUGGUGAUUUUCUUAUUUUGGACAGAGCCACUAAAAGAGCCCAGUGUUUUCUUAUGUAAGUGUGUGUUAUACAUCCAUUGGUUUCCUCCUUAAGGUUUGUGAGACAUAUUUUCUAUACAUUCUUGUUAGUUACCACACAGUUUUAUUAACACUAUAUGGAUGCUGACUAGUAGACAGAGACUUCAUGAAUCUAAACAUUGCAACAUGAUAUCUAAGCUCUGAAGAGUAUUUAAUUAAAUCUUUACUUUGGUAAUUCAUUAAAGGAUUGUGCAAUAACAGACAAUAGGUAUUAUUGUUGCACUGCCCUCCUUCCAAGGGAGUUUGACAUUGGAUGAGCCAAGUACUCAUCACUUGCUGCAUCUCAUGAACACAGGGGACUAGUUUUAAUCUUACCGAUUAAUAUCCCCAUCACCAAACAGGAAAUGUUUUGCCAGUUUAACAGGUGAAUUUAAAUCCCUGCAUUUGAUAAUGCAAAAGAAUAAUAUGUAUUCUUCAUUUGUAUAUGUUUCUGGGGCCCCAGUUUUACUGCAGAAGCUAUGGACCUUACAACAUUUUAUCUUAUGUUAAAGAUCAGAAUUAUAUUUUAAAUAAAAUCGCAAUGCAGCCUAAAACUCAGUCAUUUGCAGAAGAUCAUUGUAAACCAUUGUUUGUCAUCAGUUUAGGGAAAGUACAAAUGAUUUCUUCAUGAAAUACAAACCAAGGUCUGGAAUAGGUUUGCCAGGAGUAAAGUAGUUCAUCAUCCCAUCACAUUCAGGCUGCAAACAUUCAGAUCUGUGGAAAGUAUCAAAGCUGGGAACCAGCUGGUCUGGUUAGCCCCAUUUCGCAGCCAUUUGACAACUGUCAACAAAAGACAGAGCACAAUAAUUGGUGGUGUGAAAAUGAAAUGUUGUAGCCAAAAUACUUUUGCUAUAAGUUCAACUUUUUUUCAGGAUGUUCUACAUGUCUUAUUUGUCACAGAUUAGGUCAUUGUUGUCUGUCAAAGUAUAUAGUGAAACCUACUGUCAAAAUUGUAAAUAGUUAAAAUAUAUUCAAAACAAUUAAGCCAUUUAAAAUUAAUAUGAGGAAUAGAUCAAAUUGCUGGAUAUGGGACAAUCCCAUGAUAACUAUCACUGUGAAAUUCCAAGCAGCAUGGUGAAGUAUUUGUCAUUGAUGGAUAUUAUGAUCUGUUUCAAUAGAUAAAACCGCUGUAUCUUCAGUACUGUAUUUUCCUCAUACCACAUCAUUUAGUACAAUAUUGUUAGUUACACUAUUAGUUUCAUCAACAAGGGAAAUUCAUCAGUAGCUGGAAUUAUUUUGCUAGGACAAAAUGCCAUAUUUCGUCUGGAACUCUCAGAUGAAACUGUGUUUUCACUGUUGAGUGGAAGGUUAGAUGCACAUGUUAUGAAAACCCAAAGAGGUGUACAUCAGCCAGAAAGUUAUUAAUGCCGGUUACUGACUCACAAUAGAACUGUUCUGGGUGUUGGGAUCCAUAUGUUACUCUCCUUAGGGAAAAGUGAAGAUACACGUUUUCCUGUGGAAAUAUUAGCAUUUCUGCAGCUAUUCAUCUGGGAGAUAAUUCCCCACGGGCUCUGUGACUGACAGCAUGUUUGUGUUCGCUUAGGGACUCUGCAAUACCCAGUGUGCUCGCUGGCCUGUCACUUGACAUGGAUCCCUUGCAUUACCCGCUCCCCGGUGCAGAUCAGGCCACUGCCACAGAUUUAUCUUUCAAAACAACAGAUGUCAUUCCAAAUAAAGAGUGAAAACACGAUCUAUGUAAGCAAAGUACCUGAUUUGUAUUUUAGUUUGAAUUAAACCAAAGAUAAAGUCGCUCCAUAAUUAUGAUUUAUCAGGUGUUCUGGUUUGACACUAAGUUGACAUUUAUGGUUGGUGAGAGAAAGGAAAUCAUUUUAAGCAAAAGGCAAAAUACUGCAGAUGCUGGAAAUCUGAAAUAAAAACAGAAGU